ACUAGAAUUGUGUGGAAGAUUUUACGUGGAAGAGAAGAGAAGCGAAGCGAAGUUGAUCGAAGAAUUUGGAAGAAUGGGGUGGGUGUGGAAGGACGACGAACCAGACGAGAGCAAUUCAUCGGCCGGAGAUGUCAUUGAUAGCCGGAACCCUAGGGCCGGCGACCGGUGCUCCACCAGGAAGGUGGUGAAGUCGCAGUGCAGAACGGAGGAGGUGGAGCCCGGAAAGUUCAUCAGAAAGUGCGAGAAAACUGAGGAGCUUCUCAGGGAAUGCGUUGGCAAGCCUGUUGAAGUGAUGCAGUCCAACAAAGAAUACACUGAAGAUGAUGUCACAGAUGAGGUGCUUAAAGGGUCUCUCUCUUUUGGGUCAUCAGAGCAUGGGGCAUUGGAUUUCCCUGGGUUACGGAGUGAUAUUGAAGCCAUAGAACGUAGCUUCCUUGGUGGGCUCAACAGUUUCUUUGAAGCAGCUGAAGAGAUGAAGAAAGGUUUCUUUGGUGCGUUUGGGGGUCCAAGUCUGUUUGAUGGGGAGCCUUCAUCUUCACCGCCUACGAGGCGAGGGAAUCCUUCAUCUUCACCGUCUAUGAGACGAGGGAUACCUAUUGAGGAUAAAGCCUUUCCAACUGAGGCCGAGUCAGGAAAUGUUGAUAUUGCAGGAUUGGCAAAAGAUGUUUGAAGUGCACUAACUGUGGAUCAUCAAGUUGCUGGUUGAUGGUUUGUUAAAGAAAAUAACCAUAAUAACUUAGCUUUUUAUGUCCUUUUUUUUUUUCUUUUCUUAGCAUAUAGCGUGUGUUUGCCUAACGCGUUUUGCAGCAUUAGGCAUUGUUCACGCGUUUUAAGUUUUCAAACGCAGACCCACAGCACAGCAUUAGGCACUGCAUUUUAAAGAAGUUAAUCAAAUGCAGACUCACGGCAUAGUGUUUUCAGCAAAAUAAGCAGUAUCCAAAUAGACCCACAGAGGACAUAAACUCAUUUUACUAUUGCAGAGCAGUGGUUGUUUUUUAAGCCUGUUUUGAAGUGAUUAUGGUCCUGGCAUGCUGUUAGCUAUAGUUUGACAUCUUUUUGUGCUAAAGUUGUGAAUAUGGGUAUGGUCUUUUUGCUGGAUUCUUGGGUUUUGAUCUAUGAGUGGAUAGCAUCCAACCUUUCUCUGUAUGUGCACGAAUCAAUUUGAAUGGUGAAGAUCUAACCCUUUGCCCA